GCUCUUUUUCAAAAUUUGAAUCUGGCAGACGGAGAAAGCGUUUAGCGCUACAUUAGCUCAAUUAAGGAAACAAGCUGUGGACACGGACAUGUCGUGAUGUGAUGAUGGACAGCAUUUGAGAUGGUCACAGCAUCCUGGGUGCAUUCAUUUGAUAAGAGUUUUCAUUCUGACUGACAUGGGAAAGAUUUCUUGUAGACGACGAUCAAAAAGGAGACGAUCAAACUCCAUACAGAGAGAAAAUGACCAGCAAGGAGUCAUCUCCGAUAACGUGAAACAGGAGAGUGAGAUUUCUGAGCACAGCUUCUCUGAGCCGAGACACAAUGAAAAUGAAUCCGAUGUAUUUUCCAACUCACUGAGCCUGAACACUUCUGCUGUGGAUGGAAGUCAUGUUUUUUUUCCAGUUUUUUCCCAUAGUAACGUAGGACAAGUAACGAUCAACAGCACUUACGCAAUAAAUAACAAGUCACCUGAUACCAGGGAGAGAAAUCCAGAAUCUCAGGCUCAGGAUGGAUCCUCUGACGUUGACGCCUCUGCAACAACUAUUUUAAGGACUCCUAAAAAAUCCAAGAAGUUCAGGAGAAGUCGACGUUCUGCUGCCAGACGAUCUCUCACCCACUUCUGCGGACCACGUGACAUCGUGGGUGAGAUUACUGGAGCUCACGUCACCUCCGAGUAUCACUGCAGUGAUUGCAGAUUCAAAAUUCCUUCCUGGAAACCUUUAUGCUUUAACGUCAAGUGUCCCGGGUGCAAGAUGAGCUGGAAGUGCGAUAAAAUCCAGUGUACUUGCAAAGCUAAAAUAACCCUGGAGCUGCCCAGUGGGCAGACGCAGAGGGUCACGCUGGACGAUUCGCUAAUGCGCUCCAUUGUUAGGUUUAAAACACAGGGCUACUGCAAGACGGAGAGAAUCGAGACGAAGAUUCUGAAGAUUGGGAGCGUGAGAGUGGUGUAUAACGAUGGAGUCUUGAGGAGCGUGAGCAAGAUUUCGUCCAGCUCCAUGUCUCUCCGUGAUAUUCCAGACGCCUUCCCUAGUUUCUGAUUAGGGAUUCUGAAAUCUGGACUCCAGUAUGGUAAUAAAUGUGUAAAAUGUGUAAAAAAAAAAAAAAAAACCCAAAACAAACAAAUCAAUAAUUUCGAAAGUUACAUCAAUGUUUAUGUGUGGAAAGUUCCUCGUAUUCAGAGUGGGGUUACACACACGUUAAAGCCGAAUACCGGGUCUCUGUAGUUCACGCCUCUGUGGUUGACCAGGACCCUGUCGCCGGUCCACCGGUCCUUCCUUGGACCACUUUUGGUAGAUAUUAACUCGAGAAACACCCAUGUGUCCGCCGAUAAAGGCAAUUUUUCACGAUACCGAUAAAAACAUCCGGUGAUCAGGGCCAAUUAUAUCAUGUCAAUCAAACGAGGGCGGGAAAACAUACUGAUUUUGUGCUGUGUGUAAAGACGAUGUUGAUAGUGUGAUUAAGGUGUGUACAGGUCUGUAAUACACACCGAUAACGUGAUUAAAACAGGAAUACUCCACACAUCUUAAUUCCAUCUGUGCUUACUUUGAUUAUGACUUUAGUCUGAUUAAGGUCAUCACUGAUCUCUGUUUACAUGCUAGUUUCUUAAUCAGAGUAUUGUCUUAAUCAGGUUGAUAUCAGAGUAUCGUCGUCCGUGUAGACGUACUGACUGUUAUUCACUUCACCUGCCAGUGGUCUUAAUGUUAUGGCUGAUCAAUGUAUAUUUUAUCGUGAACUAUUGUGGUUACAUAAAACUGUCAGACUGUGCUACUGGACAUAAUACUGCUCCUAACUCGAGCCGAUAUCACGCAAGAAAACGCUCUUAAGUUUAACUCAGAUUAACGUCUAACUCAGACACACCUGUUUUCCUCAAUCUCCACCCAGCUUGCCUAACUCUUGCAUGAUUCCUGUAGAUAUGUAGUUGAUUUUUGCAAGUGAACUUUACUUCUCCUUCUUCAUCUUAUUUACUUUAGUGUUUUCGUUUGGUUGUGUUUGUUUCGUUUCUGUUUGUUCUUGUUUUAUUUGUCAUUUAUUUUUUUCGUCAUUAAAGUUCCGGUGUCUCAGGGUUGACCAACAGCAUAUUUGAUUGUUGAACAUCACCAGGUGCUGAAGUCAGUGUUCCAGUUUACCUCAAAGGUGUUCAGUGCGGUUGAGGUCAGGGCUCUGUGCAGGACACUCGAGUUCUUCAACUCCAUCCUUACAGGGGCAUUAUCGUGCUGGAACAGCUUUGGGCCACAGAAAGGAAAGAGGAAGGGAAAUCACACAAACGCAUUCUAUACAACUGUCUGCUUCCAUGUUUGUGGCAGGAGUUUAGGGAAGGACCACAUAUUGGUGUGAUGGUCAGGUGUGACCAUUUUUGACCAUACAAUGUAUAUGUAAACUUUUUCACGUGCCAUAAUAGAAAUAUUUUAUAUGCCUCAUUCAGUAAAAAAGAUGGUGCGUCUGAAA